UUUAUUAUAAUUAAAAUUGAUAACAAUUCGGUGUUGCGUCCUUACGUUAGAACAGAAAAAUGCUUGAGCACACAUUCGAAAUUUAAUAGGUAACGGGAUUAAUUGACAUUGAAUAGCAUUUAUUCAUCAAACAUGAAAGCAAUUAUCGCUCAAGACGGCAGCGUGGGAGUGGCAAAGAGAGCGCGGAAUGGCAACACUACGCCACCGAAACGAUGGCAUCAAAUGUGGCAUCCUAUGGCAUGGCUACCAACGCAGCAGUUGCAGGCAUUAUUGGGGAACCGCACGGCAGCGCACCUAAGAAGGAGCCAAACGUACGCUGCCACUCAGAAGAGCAUAGAGAACCUGGACCGCUCUUCAACUGACUACAAUAAGAAAACAAAAUGCAAGAAGACAAAAAAUAACAAGAACAACAAUGAAAAAAAUAAGAUCAACGUAACAUAUUCAUCAGAAAGAAUCAGUUCAGAGCUAACGCUCUACCGGCCGUUGGAGAAUGAGCCCAAUGAGCCGCGACGCCUGGUGCUGUUCUUCGCAUGGCUCACGGCCCGUGGUCGCCACAUCAGCAAGUUCGUGACGCUGAUGACGGCCGCUGCCACUGACGUGCUGGUCGUGAGACUAGUACCUGUCAAGCUUCUGCAUCCUGAAACUGGUACCCAGGCGUCGGCUGAGCGCGUCUGCACGUACCUCAGGAACAAUCAAAACUACGACAAAUUCCUCGUGUUUGCCUGCAGUGGCGGCGCCUACAUGUUCUGCGAGGUCGCCAUGAAGCUGCAAAAAGAGCCUGAGCUGCGGGAUAGCGUGUUGGGUCGCGUGGUAGGGCAGAUCUACGACAGUCCAGUCGACUUCACCCACUUCACGACAGGCAUCGCCCACUCCAUCACCUCAUCGCCCGCCGCCCAGAACGUCGUCGAGACCUUGGUUGAGUGGCUGCUCAAGGUGCGGCACCGAGCCAUGACUCGCCACCUCGUGAAGGCUGCAGACUUCAUGCACAAAGGACCAGUGUUCGCUCCCAACCUAACCAUCUUCUCCAACAGCGACCCAAUGAGCCCGCUGGAUUCCAACCAAAUCAUCGCUCGUAAAUGGCAGGCCAGGGGCAUGAAGGUACGACAUAGCAUCUACGAGCACCCCGACACCGGCCACUGCGUAAACUUUAUCAGGUAUCCCCGGCGCUACAAGGAAGACGUGUACAGCUUCUGCGCGGUGGUGGGCUUCAUCGAGCCUGCCAGAGCAGAGCAGCUGCUUGCAUCAGAGCAAGGGAGUUAAUCAUGAUUCCAUAAUAUUUUCAAAACCGAAAACCAAGUAAAGGGAUAUUCGAUGAUGUAGUAAUAGGAUGGAAAAAUAUAAGGGAUUCUUGCUUCCUUGAAAUUGGUUGCAUUAAGAGCGUUCAACCUUACUUUGUUGUUACAAGUGCAUCGUCGUUACUGCCUCCGACCACUAAAAUGUAAGCAAUUAAAGUAUAGUGGAUUGAUCAAGAUGAUCAGAAUCAACAGGAUCAGGAACGGCAUGAACGUAAUCAGCAUUAUCAGGAUCAAAAUGAUCAUGAUCUUUGUCAAUGUCAAUAGUUUGCAACAGCAUAUCCUGAUCACCAGGGGGCUUUAUAAGAUCUCAUUCGCGAACUUCUAUAGAAUAAGUGACCUGCAUUCCGAACCCCAUCUUCUACGAUGUGAAUAAGAGAGGUCAGAACUACAACUCCCCAUCAUCCACGAUAUAUUUAGCAGAGGUAAGAAAUCCAACUCUAUUCUAACCCCUUCAACCCUAUUCCAACCACGAUGUGUAGAAGCUACACUGGUACUUGCAACCUCAUAAGAUCCGAAAACCGACAGCAUUUUCUGCCGAAGAUGGACAGCGACCAACUGGAAGAUGGACAGGGACCAACUGGAAGAUGGACAGGGACCAACUGGAAGAUGGACAGGGACCAACUGGAAGAUGAACAGGGACCAACUGGAAGAUGGGCAGGGACCAACUGGAAGAUGGACAGGGACCAACUGGUGGAGGGACCAGCUGGCAUAGUUGACCAAAAGAGUGUCAGUUGGAAAAGUGGGUGUGCAGGCUAAUGCCCACCCUACAAGGAAAACAAUCAAGCUGUCUCCCCAGUCGAGUGGAUAACUGAAUAUAGAACCAAUAAAUCCACGAAGUUGGAGAAUCAAUUAAGGGCAUGUACAACUAUUGAACUAUGGAGAUGUAUAAACUCGAGUUGUGGGCAUCAUAAACUAGUGAGUUCAGUAAAAAUAAUUAAAUAAUUAUUUAGAUUUAAUUCCUAUAAUAUAUAUGAAAUAGAGUAGAAAAUGUCUUCAUGAAGUUUGGGUAGAUCAGGAACUUGUAUUAUUUCCGAUAUUUCAACAUUUAUUAAAUGGUAGUUGCCAGAA